ACCAGCUCCACAAGCAACACCAGCAACAUGACUAUGGCAGCCUGUUAUGCCAAUUAUGACAUGGCCUCCUUGGCCUCUCAUAGCUUGGCCCAGACGCAAACGGCUCUGAUGCACCAGCAUCAUGGCCAGCACCACAGUCAGCAACAGCAACACCUGUAUCAGCAAAACACCUCCUCAGCGCAUCAUAAUACCCACAGUCAUUACUCACACAAUGCCUCAACGGCAUCAAGAAUGUCAACGAUGGCGGCGUCGGCUAAUCAAAAUAGUGUCGCCGCCGCCGUUAAUUCUGCCACAUCCGCCAUCGCCUCCUCAUCUGCAUCAGCGUUAGCCAACGCUACUGCCAGCCAACAGCAACGUAACCAAAAUGCCUCCAACUCUGCCACAGCAGGAGCAGCCACAUCCGCAUCAGUAUCAGCCUCAACACCCGCCUCACAACAAACACCACACAGUGCGUCCACGACGACAACGGCCAAAGACUACUCCAUACCCCUGCAUGUGGACUGCAGUGUGGAAUACGAGCUGCCCAACCAGCCCAAACCACCGGCGGGGCAGCGUGUUGAGCCCCUGUUGAUGAUACACCCAUGCUAUUUCCGCAAAAUGGAAUCGCAGAGGCGUAGUCCUUUUGUAAAUAACAUGCCCACAGCGGCGGCGGCCCGUAGCACAGCGGCCGCAGCUGCUGCCCUCACACACUCCAGCUCCCAAAACUCAGUGGUGUCGUCGUCCUCACGGCGGGCCAGACAAACUCAGGUUAUACAACAGCAACAACAACAGCAGCAGCAACAUCACCAACAGCAGCAACAACAGCACGCGCAACAGCAACAACGCCAGGCUGUACAAGCUGCCCAGCAGUACCAACAACACUUGCAACAGCAACAACUCAGGCAUAGUCAACAAUCUCAGCAACAACAGCAAAUGUCACAAAUGUCGCAACAGGCCCACUACCCCGUAGUGGUGAGCCAUCAACAGCAGCAGCAACAACAUCACCAGCAAACCUCCAGUAAUGCCAGCAAUGCCUCCUCCUAUUUACGUUCCACACAAAGGGCGACAGCAGCGGCCCAGCAACAGCAACGAUCAAGCCAAAGUCACCUAUUAGUACAACAACAGCAGCAGCAACAACAGAAUGCCUCGAAUCAGUGGGAUCAUUUGGCUGCUGCAGCAGCAAUUGCUGCCCGUAGCUCCAUGACUCCAGCCCAUUUGAAUUAUGGCCAACAAAGUGCCAGCAAAAUGCAGAAUGCUGCCGCAGCAGCUGCUGCUGCCGCCGCCAAUAAUGUUGGCAAAAGGGAUGCCAUGAUUUCGGGAAGUGGAAUUUAUGGAGCCUCCAGCAAGCAACAGCAGCAGCAACAACAGCAACUCAACAUGAGUUCUCUGUGGAAUACAGGAGAUACGGCGUCGGUGGCCGCCUCGGUUGCCUCUAGUAAUUCAGCCAAUGUUAAUCUUAUGAUGGACCGUAGUCCAAUGGCCACAGUUCCUAGUAAUUAUCAGGCUGGUCCUGAGGCCACGCCUCAGCUUAACAGCAACCAAAGUUCUGCAAAUGCUCGCCAUUAUGCAUCGACAAUUGUGCCCAACUCCCAGCAAAGCCAUACAUCAGCAGCAGCCGCAGCGGCGGCAGCAGCUGCUGCAGCCGCAGCCAUGACCUCACAUCAUCAACAGCAGCAACAUCACUCCCAGCACAGCCAACAGCAACAUAGCCAGUUGCAACAGCAGCAACACUAUUCGGAAAAGAUCAGUGGCAAAUAUCGACAAUAUUUGAGAUCUCAGCGCAUGCAUCCAUAUUUGGCAGCCACCUCCAGUGCCGCUGCUGUGGCUGCUGCAAAUUUGCAGCAAACCUUUCCACAAUUUACCGCAGCCACAGCAGCCGCCGCAGCUGUGGCCGCAACACCAUCAUUCCAGCAUUUGCAACAAAUCUCCUGUUAUAAUGUGUGAUAAAACUGAGUUCCAGAGCCGCCUGGUAGGAUGUUGAUGACAACAACAACGACGACGACGAAGCCGUUUUCGGAUGAUAUAGGCCA